GGUGUUGGCUAUGAUGACCUUCCUCUUCUAGGACAGAAACCGAACGACGCGGUGCUGGAAUACCACCAGCUGCCCGUUCUUCGCAAGCUCGACUGGCGAGUUGACGAGAACGGCUUGCCGGUUCGCAGGCCUCUAAAGGAUAUUGUCUCGCAGACUGCAGCCUUUGCUCAGACUCGUGGUUUCGAGGUGGAGCAGCCGUGCCACCACUGCAGAUACAAUAAGAGCGUUUGGAAAACUUGCGUCGUUGGCUUUGAUACCAAAGAAGGCGGCAAUAUGCAUGGAGCCUGCGCGUGCUGUCGUUUUAGCAGACGUUACUGCAACCUGAUUUCCCGUGGUUCCGACGAAAACGCCUCUCCCAACUCUCAGGAUCAUCUCUCCAGUGAUGACACCUACGGCCAAGGAAGAGAGUUUGCUCUGAGACCUUGCAAUGCAACUCCUACUCCUGGCGGAACUGAGAUGAAUCAUGAGACCCCCAUCAAAAGCCAGAGCUUCUGGGAUCCGAUCCGCGACAUCAAAUCGGAGCGUGACAACCUGAUGUCCCCGUCUCUGAGCUGUCGCCUCGACGGAGAUGUGAUUCCCUUCCCCCUUGGUCCCGAGACUAUCGAUAACCUGCCCCUUCUCAAGCAGGCGGCUGAAGAAAUGGAAGUCCAUCUGGAAACUCUCAAGAGACGCAUCAGACAGCUUGAGGAGAAGGACAAGGCUCAGAAUGAGGCUGUCAACCCUUGGGACCUGGUGUGA